AUUUGCCAAAAUAUUUUGCCAGCCGAUUGGCGUGAUCUUGUCGCUUGGCAAUUUGUCAUCAUUUGUCGCAGUGCUGCAGUCACCGAAGCGCUGGAAGACGAAACGCCGGCCUAGGUCUCAAAAUACAAGCACACACCCAUCCAGCCAGCCAUGCGCUACCUCGCGCUCGCGCUGGCCGCCCUCGCGAGCGCCGACGACGACCGGCUCGCAAGGCGCAUCCACGGCGACAAGAUCUUCGACACGAAGUCUUAUGUGGAUGAGCGCGACCGCGUCGCCGAGUUCCACCGCCGGUACGGCCAAAAAUGGCCCCCGCCCAAAUUAACGAGCAAGGAGCUGCCGUCCUACACCGAAGCCAUGGUCCACCGAGAAGCGGAGAUCAUGCUUCUCCAAGAUUCGCAAGCGAGGUGGGACGCGUGGAUGUUCCUGGCCCAAGCGAGACUGAUGCACAACUUCACGGUGCCGCAGUGGGAGGUCGUGCAAGCGCCUCCCGAGAUCUACGCCAAACUCCUGAAGAAUGUGCGCGACCAUCUAGCUAAUCCUAGACGAGAAAGGGAGGACGACGCGACGGCCCAUAGCGGCGUCGAGGGUCCCAACGAGCCCGACUUCAUCGACCAAGAAAGGUUGAACUACGAGGUGUUGGAUGCCCUCAAACCAUUACAUGAAGCGUGGUGCCAAUGCGAACUGGAGCCGACGUCCGUCUAUGGCGUUCGACUGUAUCGGGAAGGUGCGACACUCGUGGACCACUUAGACGUGCCCGAGACACAUGUUAUUAGUUCAAUACUCCACAUCGACAGCAAACUAGACGCGCCGUACCCCAUCGAGAUCCAGGACGUGACGGGAGACUACGCUGCCGUUAAUCUCCAGCCGGGGCAGAUGAUGUUCUACGAGUCGGCCAAGUGCUUCCAUCGUAGAAGCAUACCGAUGCGGGGCGACUACUACGGUUCGGUAUUUUUACACUACCGUCCCAAAAACUGGACGUUCAACAGGGUGGACAUUCGCGUCGCGAUACCGCCGCACUGGGGCGAGGGGCUUGGGAGGCGGAGCGUUGCUGUUGGUGAGGAUGGUGACGUGGAGGACACUUCUAUUGUAGUGGAGUUCGCGCUGGGUCGCGGCGCGCCGGCCGGUGUGAGUGUGGAGCUGGCGUGGGCCGGGCCCGACGGGUUGGCGCCGGUGACGAUUCUCUCAUCGGAAUCCCAGGACGCGCGGCUCGGGACGCACGUCGGCCAUCGGUUCGUGGCGACGCCGUCCAAUGACGACGCGGCGCGGGAGUUUGUCGUCUCGAGCUCGCCGGGGCAGCGGUUCGAGGUGUGGCCCUGAUCGUUUUUUGUAAUUGUUAUAGUGUCGUAAAAAAGGAAGGGAG